UUUUUUUUUGUCAACGAAAAAGGAAAGACAGAGUCAAAAUUAGAGCUUUGGCAAACUCUUAUCCUUACAAUUGAGAACCGAAUCAUCCAUCAGCGCUUGAAGACGAAAGCUUUUCCAGUUCCCUCCAUCUUUUUACGAGCAUGACCCUUUCGUCUACGCUUCUUUUGUAAAUUCAUAGGAUUUUUUUUUUUCUUGGCGAAAUAUGAACAACGCAUGAUUGGUAUUCUAGGAAAGAUCGUCCAUGGCUACUUUCAAUGUUCUUUGUAGCAAUAGGUUUCUGUUCAAAGGGGCUAAUUCUCCGGAGAAUUCUAGCAGAAAGGUGUUUUCCAGGAGUAGUGAGUUUAAUGUUUGUGUCGCUAGAGCGAGGAACCAAACGUUUAGUUGCAGGAGGCUCGGUGGGUUUCUUGAAAUUGGUGAUUCCAGAUUAGGGGUUAGAUUUCAUGGCGAUACUCGAAAUAAGUUUUCUUGUAAUAGUGAGAUUAAGCGACUUUUGAGUGGUGAUUACGGAGAUAAUAAGGAGUCUCGUAUUGGUGAAGAUGGUAGAAGCAAAAGGAAGAGAAGAAGAUUUUCCCUUAGGCUUCGACCUAGAUUACGAUUGGUGACCAUGAGACUUGGGAGAUUCGAUUUCAGAGCAUCAAUUGAGGAAUUUCGAUUCUUUUUAAAAAAGAAUUUCAAAAGAGUGGUUUUAUCAACUGGUGUAGCUGUAAUCUUUGGACUGUGUUAUUUGUUCUUGAGGUUGACCGCUGUUCCGUCUCCAUCCAUUGUUCCUUACUCAGAUUUCGUUACCAAUCUUCGAGGCGGUUCCGUUUCAAAGGUUUUGCUCGAAGAAGGUUCUCGUCGAAUCUAUUACAAUACUAAUGAGGUUGUUGAAGAUGAUCAAACUUUAGAAGAACCGGCACUACAAACUGAUGGCAGCACAGCGGAAACUGUGACCGAAGCUGUUACGAAAGAUGUUACUCCGCGGAAGGUUCGAGCUUUGCCUCCUGUGUGGAAGUAUAUGACAAGAAAAGUCGAUCAUGAUGAGAAGUUUCUUCUUGGUUUAAUGAGGGAGAAAGGCAUUACUUAUAGCUCAGCUCCUCAAUCUGCAUUGAUGUCAAUGAGAACCACUUUGAUAACAAUCAUCUCUCUGUGGAUUCCUUUAACACCUCUUAUGUGGCUUCUUUACCGGCAACUCUCAGCAUCUAACAGCCCUGCGAAAAAACGACGGUCUAAAAAUCCCACGGUUGGAUUUGAUGAUGUUGAGGGUGUUGAUUCUGCUAAAGACGAGCUUGUGGAGAUAGUGUCAUGUCUUCAAGGAAGUAUAAACUACAAAAAACUAGGAGCACGAUUACCUAGAGGUGUGCUUUUGGUCGGUCCACCAGGGACCGGUAAGACCUUGUUAGCCCGGGCUGUCGCUGGAGAGGCUGGAGUUCCAUUUUUCUCGGUUUCCGCUAGUGAAUUCGUUGAAUUGUUUGUUGGAAGAGGUGCAGCGCGGAUCAGAGAUCUUUUCAAUGCUGCCAGGAAAAACUCACCUUCCAUAAUAUUUAUUGAUGAGCUUGAUGCGGUCGGAGGAAAACGGGGUAGGAGUUUCAACGAUGAACGUGACCAGACACUAAACCAGUUGCUUACUGAGAUGGAUGGAUUCGAGUCAGAGACGAAAAUCAUUGUAAUUGCAGCAACUAACCGACCAGAAGCAUUAGACCCGGCUCUUUGUCGGCCUGGAAGGUUCUCUAGAAAAGUUGUGGUUGCAGAACCAGACCAAGAAGGCCGUAGGAAAAUCUUGGCCGUACAUCUGAGAGACAUCCCUCUAGAAGAAGAUGCGUUCCUCAUAUGUGAUUUGGUUGCUUCUCUAACUCCUGGAUUUGUAGGUGCUGAUCUGGCCAAUAUUGUCAAUGAAGCUGCAUUGCUCGCUGCUCGUAGAGGCGGGGAAACGGUGGCACGGGAAGAUAUAAUGGAAGCGAUAGAGAGAGCAAAGUUUGGGAUAAAUGAUAAGGAAGUGAGGUCAAAGACAUUAGGAAAUGAGCUGAGCAAGCUGUUCCCAUGGAUGCCAUCUUUGGCUAGAAGGAACGGACCAGAUCAAGACGGUUUACAAGGACCGUUAGGUUAUCAAAGUCUCAGCUAGACCAAACUAAUAAGACAACUCGGUUUAUCCGUUGAUACGACUGUAUCUGCAAAUUUUGGAAAUGUACGUUUCUUCUGCUGUAUUGUAUCAGAUCUCUGUUUACAAUGUAAGUCAAUUGCUUUAAUUCCCUUUUUCCGGCAAUUAUAGUUUACAAAUAAACCCAAUUUGACAAUAUACAAAUAUUUGAUCA